AUGUCGGUCGGACGCAGCGCAGCCCUCAAGCUCGACUGGACGAAGCUCAGCACGCAGCUCGGCCUCAAAGGCAGCACAGCGACCGCCCUCCAAGCCUUCAAGAAGCGCAACGACGACGCGCGCCGCAAAGUCUCGGUGCUGUCCGAGCAGCCCCAAACCGUCGAUUUCGGGCACUACCGCUCCCUACUAAAAAACACGGCCGUGAUCGACGAGAUCGAAAAACAGUUCCAGGGCUUCAAGCCCGCGACGUAUGAUGUUGGGCGCCAGAUCAAGGCGAUUGAGGCGUUUGAGGCGCAGGCUGUGAAGAGCGCGGAGGACACGAAGGGGGUGGUGGAUAGCGAGUUGAAGGAUUUGGAGAAGACGCUUAGGAACAUUGAGGAGGCGAGGCCGUUUGAGGAACUUACUGUGGACGAGGUUGCUGCCGCCCGGCCAGACAUCGAUGAGCGCACUUCACAGCUGGUAUCGAGGGGUCGCUGGAUGGUACCUGGCUACAAGGAGAAAUUUGGCGACCUAUCGGUUCUAUAG